AUGUCUAAUCCUUACGGACCUAAUCCGCACGAUUUUUUAUCGAACGUUAACAAGUUCGAGGUUAUCGAAUCCACUUUGAGAGAGGGCGAGCAGUUUGCCAAUGCCUUUUUCUCCACAGAAAAGAAGAUUGAGAUUGCCAAGGCCUUGGACGAUUUCGGUGUGGACUACAUCGAAUUGACCUCGCCUGUUGCUUCGGAACAGUCUAGAAGAGACUGCGAGGCCAUUUGCAAGUUGGGCUUGAAGGCCAAGAUCUUGACGCAUAUUCGUUGUCACAUGGACGAUGCCAGAGUGGCCGUGGAGACCGGCGUGGACGGUGUUGAUGUUGUUAUUGGCACAUCGCAGUUCUUGAGACAGUAUUCUCACGGCAAGGACAUGAACUACAUUGCUCAAUCUGCCAUUGAGGUGAUUGAGUUUGUCAAGUCCAAGGGCAUUGAGAUUCGUUUCUCUUCCGAAGACUCGUUCCGUUCGGACAUUGUUGAUUUGUUGAACAUUUACAAGACUGUCGACAAGAUUGGUGUCAACAGAGUUGGUAUUGCCGACACUGUUGGAUGUGCCAACCCAAGACAGGUGUACGACUUGGUCAAGACUUUGAAGUCUGUCGUGUCGUGUGACAUUGAGUGCCACUUCCACAACGACACUGGCUGUGCCAUUGCCAAUGCGUACACGGCUUUGGAGGCUGGAGCCAAGUUGAUUGACGUUUCCGUUUUGGGCAUUGGUGAGAGAAACGGUAUCACGCCGUUGGGUGCCUUGAUGGCCCGUAUGAUCACGGCUGACCGUGACUAUGUCUUGUCCAAGUACAAGUUGCACAAGUUGCGUGACUUGGAGAACUUGGUGGCUGAUGCUGUUCAGGUGAACAUCCCAUUCAACAACCCCAUCACCGGUUUCUGUGCCUUCACCCACAAGGCUGGUAUCCAUGCCAAGGCUAUCUUGGCCAAUCCUUCGACGUAUGAGAUUUUGAAUCCAUCCGACUUUGGCUUGACCAGAUACAUCCAUUUUGCCAACCGUUUGACCGGAUGGAACGCCAUCAAGUCUCGUGUUGACCAGUUGAACUUGCACUUGACCGACGCUCAGUGUAAGGAGGUGACACACAAGAUUAAGUUGUUGGGCGACGUCAGACAGUUGAACAUUGAUGACGUGGACUCCAUCAUCAAGGAUUACCAUUAUGAGGUGACCACCCCUAGCUUGGCCCCUGUCAAUGGAGCAGACGAUGUUCCAGACGCAGAGCCAGCCGCUAAGAAACAAAAAUCUGAGUAG